UGCGCCAUUAGUUCCACCCCUUCUGUGCAUCUCAGUCUCGAUCUCACCAAAUCUCUCACUCUUUUGAAAGGGAAGCAUUUGUUGCGUGCGGACUAUGGCAUUCUCUCCCCUAACUCCCGUCUUUGUAGCAAUAAUCUGUGUCCUGAUUGUAAUAAUACUGAAAGGAAGCAGGAAGAGCAGCAGAAAAGAGCAGAGCAAUGCCAGCCACAAGACAGAGUCUCGCCCGUGGGUGGAUGAAGACUUAAAAGACAGCACCGAUCUGCCUGUGGAGGAAGAAGAUGAUGGUGAAUGGCAAGGCUUAGAUGACAACAUUGCUCACGUCUCCUUCUCAACUGAGCGAUAUGCUGAAGAAGACAUGCUGAAGAGAUCAAAGGCUUUCUACGAGCUUCUCAAUAAGAGACGAUCGGUCCGGUUUAUAAGUGACGAGCCGGUUCCAAGAGAGGUCAUUGACAAUGUGAUUAAAACAGCAGGAACAUCUCCCAGUGGGGCACACACGGAGCCUUGGACUUUUGUAGUAGUGCAAGAUGCAGAAAUAAAACACAAGAUCCGGGAGAUCAUAGAAGAUGAAGAAGAAAUAAACUACAAAAAAAGGAUGGGAGACAAAUGGGUUAAUGACUUGAAAAGAUUGAGGACAAACUGGAUAAAAGAAUACUUGGAUGCAGCUCCCUACCUGAUUCUUAUUUUCAAGCAGGUGUAUGGAAGGCUUCCAAAUGGGAAAAAGAAAACCCACUACUACAAUGAGAUCAGUGUGUCUAUUGCCUGCGGCAUCCUCCUCGCUGCACUCCAGAAUGUGGGUCUGGUGACGGUUACCUCUACACCCCUGAACUGCGGCCCACGUCUAAGGGUGCUGCUUGAGCGUCCAACAAAUGAAAAGCUACUCUUGCUGUUACCUGUUGGCUACCCCAGAAAAGAUGCUACUGUGCCAGACCUGACACGGAAACCGCUGGAAGACAUUAUGGUGGUUGUAUAAACAUGGAGCAGUCAAGGAGACCCUUGAAAAUGUGUUGCUGUCGAGAGUUUUCUGCAAAUUGUUUGCUUCCUUUGGCCAGUUGCAUUGGGCACAUUCAAGUGGGCAGCAGCCUCCUUGACAUAGGCUCAUGUGCAUCCAGAAUCACAUGGAGAAUGGUACACAUACAAACCUGCUCACAUGGAUUUCACACAAUUGUAAAUGGGUGUGCAUUUUUCACGCAGCAUCCACCACAAUCUCAAAAGUGUGGUAAAGUCCAAAGGAAUCCACUUAGAGGAGGCUACAGCAUGUCUAAGUCAGUACAUAUUCCAUACACCUUUUGUGUCUUCUUAGCUACAUUUUAUGUGUAUCUCUCCAGCUGUUUAAGUCUAGACACCAUCUAAAUCCCAAUAAUGACAACAGGUGCACUCGCUAAUAACAGUAAGUAAUCAGAAUUAGUAAAGUGAGUAUGGAGUAGUUAAUUGAUCAGUAUUAUUGAUUACUCCAAGGGCAAAUACGCAAUGGCAUUUCAAUGACCUUCAUCACUUUAAUUUUCACAGUCCCCUGAUCCGAAUUGCCUAAUACCUUUCCUUAAUAUUUUGGUGAUUUUGAUUUGCAUAGAAUACAUACGUGUUAGGACAGUCAGUUCCCAGUCUUCAGCAAUGCCCUCUGAAUAUGAAUAAAGUUUCUAUUUCUCAGUGCAUCAUCCUCUCUGCUUUUAGCUCUGAAGAGAAAGCUAAUAUUUACAGAGAUAGUUUUAAGUCUCACUCACAGCUUCGUCUGGGAGCAUGUGAAAUCAUCAUAGGGAAGGGAGCGUCUGAGCUGAAAGGCCAUGAAAAAAGCAUCUAUAGCAACAACAUUACCAAAUCUGGUGGCCUCCAGAUGUUUUGGAUUACAACUAACAUAAGUCUCAGCCUUUAUAGCCAGUGGCUAGGGUCAUGGGGGUACUGGUCUAAAACAUCUGGAGAGCACCAGGUUGCAGGUGCCUAUAGGAUACGUGAGUUUUAAGUCAGAGCACAGCAGGUUUACGCAGGGUUUAGCUCACCAGCAUCUUUCUUUUUGGACAGCUAAAUAUUGAACAUGAAUGUAUUAUUUUGUGCAACUCCUACUUCCCUUAGUUACAGCACCAGUCAUCUGUCAUCUGUUUCCUUUCAAGGACAGAAUAGUAAUAAUGUAAGGGACUUUUCUGCUGCUUGUUGAUUAAUGAAUUAAUUAAGCUGGGGUAUUGAAUCUUUUUAAGGUGAGAGCUACAUUCUCUUGUGGGUAACUUUCUGGGACCCAGAUGCCAGUGGUGGGUUGAGCCAAAGCAAGACACGGGUGGUGCUGUGGUCUAAACCACUGAGCCUCUUGGGCUUGCCAAUCAGAAGCUCGGCA